CUCAGAGAGAACAGAUCCCAUGGUAUCACUCUCAGCUUUUCAUCAGUUCAUGGACUAGGAUCAUGAAAAAAAUCAAAUCAGUAUAUGAAAAAGAAGACAAGACUGGUGAGAGGGAUAAUUACUUGUGGUACCAACAUACCCAGUAGAAGGAAAUGUCUGUUGUGUCAUUCCAACCAUGAGACCCAUCUUUCAGGCAUAUUUAAUGAUCUUCAUACUGGGCAACCUUGUGGCUUCUCAGUCUUCUGGUGGAAUGGGCCAGAGCAACAUAUAUCAAAUAUGCACCCACUUGUGCUGAUCUGCUUUGUGUUCCUGUGGGUCUCGACUGGUUGGAAACAUGCCAUCAACACCACAAUAAUCAACUUCAAUAACGAGAAGAUGCAGAUCACAUGGGCAGCAAGAGAGCUUUUUCCCAAUGAGAAUGUGUCAUUUUUUUACACAUUUGAUGAAGGCAAGCACAAAGUUUGGAAGUCAUGUACCACCUAUUUAUUGGAUCAAGAUUAUAAUUCUGGAUGUCUUUUUAAGACAGAAGGACCCACCCUUGCCAUCUCUAUCAGGAACAGCAAAGGAAGUGAAGAGCUGUUUUCUAAAAAAUUAAAAUCUGAUUUUUACAUAAAGCCAAAUCGACCAGAAAAUGUGACCUUCUUCUGGAAAGAGGACACUGUUACUGUAAGCUGUAACAAACCAGAGAGAGCUGCAAGGUGCUUGAGACACGAGCUUCAAUACAAGAGCAAGUUUGACAAAGAGUGGCAAUCCAGAACUUCUAAGUGCUGCAGUGUUGCUGAGCAAGGCUUUGAUCCAAAGAAGUGCUAUUCUUUCCGGGUCAGACUGGGGAGGCUCGUACCAUACUGCAACGUAGUUAACUACACCAGUGACUGGGAAGCAGAAACAUUUUGGAUGAAUGGCAUGCUAUUAGAUUCAUGUGAUGAUGAUACAACUUCUCAGUCAAACACAGUAAUUGUUUUAAGUUGUUUGCUGGCAGUCCUUUUAAUGAUGCUUAUCCUCCUGAUUCUUCUGUGUAAAUGGAAGAGGGUUCAGAUGUCAAUCCUGCCUGCUAUACCAGAUCCAAAAUACCUAUUUGCUGAUCUCUUCAAUGACCAUAAUGGAAACUUACAGGAAUGGUUAGACAAAAAUAACCAGGUGGUGUUGCAAACCAAGCUAGAAUAUGAAGAGCCAGAGUCCAUCACUGAGGCAGAAAGCCAGCAAGAAGAUGGGAAGAACAGUGACAAACAGGAGCCUCUGGAAAAAACCUUCACUUUUUCAGGAGCAGCUGAAAAUAAUGACGUCAAAGCAGCUGAGAUUGCCUGCCUGAAACCAACAUCCAACACUAUGACUUCCUUUGCUGGCUUCCAUAUUUUAAGCAAUGAUGACACUUAUGUGGUGUUAUAAAAGCUGCAUAAUGCAGAAGGCGCUAGGAAAUUCCAUAACAGAUCCUGAUGAGUUUGGGGGAGUGACUGAAUAGAAAAGGUCGUCAUGAUAAGAUUCACAUCAAUAAAGACACUGGGCUGUGUUAUCUGGUUUUAGAUCUGUACUUUCCCAAGUUAGGAUCUCUUGGGCAGACUCACUGUUUGAAACAAACUCUUGACAAUUUAUAGAGUUAGUAUUUGUUCUUCUGAUUGGGGUUUAUCCCUAAGCCCCAUUUUCCCGCUGUGGACAGGCAAGGACAGAGCUCCUCCAUAAUAUCUGUCAGCAGAGCUGAGACUUAGUCCUUCCACUUACGGAGUGUGUAGAGCAGAGCAAACUGCACUGUUGUUCUUCCCAAAUGAAGAGAGAAAAUGAGGAGAUUUUGCUGUCUUGUGUAAAGAGAUUUUUGUUGUGUAACUUUGCAUUUCAUGGCACGCCUUAAAGGUUUUAUAGAGAAGGAAUAAGCUGCAUGUCUAAGAACAGAAGAGUGAGGAUGUACAGUAUUGAAUCACAUUUUAGCCUGCAGAUACUGCUGUGUAGGCAGCUUCCUCCAGAACAGCAGGGCUUCACGUGUUUCCUCUGAAGGUCGUGUUCUCUGUAUCUUACAGCCUUUGAAUAGUCAGCAUAUUACAGCCUUUAUUUUAGAAAGCUGAGGGUCAUUUUGAACAGUAUUUGUGUUUAACUGAGUUGCAUGUACUUCAAACUGGGGUUUGGUGCAAUCAGAAGCUGUAGACCCAAAUUAGGACUUCUUAUUCAUAUUGCAUAUACUAAUCUCUUGUUUUUCUUUAGAAAAUGGGGGUUUGGGGUUUUUUUUUAACAAGUUUUAAAAAAUAAGUUU